CCCAAAAGUCUAAGAAGGGACGAGCGAUGAUAUGGCAAAACGGAAUUAUCCUUCAACUCCCAGCAGGGUCAGGGUGAUGACACUAAUCUCCAACACGUAGCUCUGCAUGGUUACUUCCACUUGCAAGUUUCAGAUGUUGAAAGGUUGUUGAACGGUUGUUACUUAUCACUUCAUUAUUACCAAACAGCCAAACCAAAACCACUCUGAAUUCAACCAUUCACUUUUUUCUUCUUCUCAUUCUACAAUGCAAAACACCGAAACUGCUUCUUCCACACGCUCCUCAACCUUCACAUUCCACAACGAGAUCUCAUCGUUCCCUUCAUUUUCAUUCCUCUUCUCACCGUCGCCAUGUUCGGCUCCUUCUGGCGAACUGUCGAUCGCUUCUCCGUUCAACAUUUCAAAUAUGUAAUUAGUGAGUUGCGGAAAAUCAAAGUUGUACACGAGCAUAAUAGGGAAUUUGUGGUGGAUUUAUUGCAAUGUAUUGUGGAGAUAGUAGCCUAUGGUGAUAGACAAGAUGCGUUGAUUUUUGAAUGUUUCAUGGAACAUCAAGUGCUUGCAGAGUUCCUUCGCUUACUUAAGACUAGUGAAAAUUCAAAGAUUGAAGCACCGCUUCUUCAAUAUCUGAGCAUAAUGAUUCAAAACAUGGAUAGUGAACAAGCACUUUACUAUUGCUUCAGCAAUGGUUACAUUAACAACAUUAUUUCGCACCCCUACAAAUUUGAUGGUGGAGACUUGGCUUCAUACUAUGUUUCUUUUCUAAGGGCAAUUAGUGGUAAAAUAAAUAGAGACACACUUUGCCUCCUUGUGAAGGUUCACGGGGAUGCUGUAAUCUCCUUUCCCUUGUACACCGAGGCUCUAAAAUUUGCUCAUCAUGAGGAAAAGAUGAUUCAGACAGCAAUACGUUCAUUAGUUCUCAAUAUAUACAAUGUUAGCGAUGACAUGGUAUAUCAAUUUAUAUUGACUCCUCCAGUUUCCGAGUAUUUCUCUGACCUAGUUCAUAGAUUAAGAGACAUAUGCUUCUGCUUAGAUGUUAUUCUAUAUGAUAAAGGGGAGAUGGAGACUCAAAAAAGAAGAAAUGGGCUGAUUCUUCAAUCUGAUAAAAUUGUGGAUGAACUGUACUACUUCAAAGACAUCCUUAGUGUUGGCGAGCCACGUUUGACAAGACUGGUUACUGAAAAUCUUCUGAACAGGCUUGUGUUUCCUGUACUGUUCUCAUCACUAGCUUCGAAGAAUAAUGGUGAACCAGGUUUAUCUGCUGUCACUUCACUAUAUAUUGUAUCAUGCCUUCUUCAAGUUGUUGGUGGAAGAAGCAUGAUUAACAAUGUCGCGUGUUUCAUCUUGUAUCAUUUUUUAAACUUAAAUGUGAGAGUUCACGGUGAAGGGAAUGGUUCUGAUGGCCAUGAUGAUGUUAAACUUUUUUUAAAGGGCUUGAGCGAAAAAAGAACUAUAUGUUAUGCUCCGGAGUUAAUUGGAGCUGAGAGCAUCUAUGGGAGCUAUUUAGGUGCUCAUUGGGAUGAUUUCAUGUCUUGUUUAAGUAAUGGCGAAUUUUGUUCCAAAAGGAGUGGAAUACUUGAAUUUGUCUUCUCUGAGGAUUGCAGCCUAUUGUUAGCUUUUACAUUUCUGUUGCUUAUUUUGGCAGAAAGUAAAGAUCUUGAUUGUUUCUUAUCUCCAAUGAUAGGGCUAUAUGGAACUCGGGAUGUGAGGAUUAUAAACGCCCUCCUUAAGGUUUUAGCCUUCCAGCAAUCCCUCUCUGCAAUGAUGCUAUGGCAUGUUGGAUGGUGCCUACGAAAGCUACUUAUCUUCCACAGAGAGGGACUUAAUAGUGAUAAUCUUCUCUUGUUCAAAACUUCAUAUGAUCAAUCUCGUGUAUGCUUUCUGAAAGAACUUGAUGGAAUUUGGUUUGAUCAUAUUCCAGAUGCAAUAAGAACUGAAUGGGCAAGCUGUAUAAGAGUUCUUGAACAAUCUUCCCAAUAUAAAGAUCCAUUAUUUUUGUUUGAGCUUGUUCUUCACCAACAAUCUACCAAUGGCGAAACAUCUUCGUACUUUGCUUGGCAAAGGAUGUAUAAUGCAAUGAAGGCAUUUAUUCUCCACUUCCAGCUGAACACACUCAUUUUCAAAAGUAUAUUGGUUGAGAAGCCAUUGUUGAACACUAUGGUCAGUUCAACCAAUGAUUCUGGAACAAACCGAACUUCAAAUGUUUCAUCUGCUAGCUUUGGGUCCAAUGUUUCUUUGGAAUCUGGAAUGCCAUGUGGAAUUGCAUUUUCAAAUUCUGCAAUUCGGGAUGUAUAUGUAAUACCAAUGGCAUGUGGAAUGAUUGGAAAAUUGCUUCUUGCAGAGAAACACCCAUUCCGCAGUCGACAUGGAGUUGUGAUUGCGAUCGCUCCACUGGCUGGGUUAUGUCCUAAAAUUGAUGAAGACCACCCCUCGUGGUUGCAUCUUAGAAUCAGAAAUUUUGAUCCACAGUUUUAUACAAUUAAAGCCAGAGACAACAAUCUGAGCAAGCCUGAUCAUUUGGCAGAUGGGAGAUGGACCCUCGGUUUCCCAAAUGAAAAAGCAUGUGAGGAAGCUCAAUUGGCGAUUCUAAAUGAAGUUACCAAGCAGAGAUCAGCAGUGGAAUACAUGCUUGCUCCAUUACUUCAGAAUGAUCUUGGAUUAGCUAUACACAAAGGUUAAGGUAGUUAAAGUUGUGUUAAUGAAUUUGUAUGGUUUUAUAUACAAUUUUCCCUUCUCAGAAUUAUUGCCUCUCAUUUUUAUGUUUUACUCGUCAAAUUGGUUUUAUAAUUUGGUUUUAUAAAUGGGAUAAGGUAAUAGCUCUGCAUGUUAGUGUGGAUUAUGCUAGUACCAUUACUUCCAACAAGCAAUAAGGUUUUAUAAAUGGGAUAAGGUUGAUGCUGCAUUGUAAUAAUUGACAGUUAAGUGUAUAGUAUUUCUUCAGCAUAUAUGUACUAAUAAUAGUAUGUCUAACAGAUAUUCAUCUGAUUUCAUGUAGAAAUGUGAUCGUUGUAAUAGUAAUAAUACUUGAAUACAAAGUUUCUGUAAUUCACGAA